UUUUUGGAAAGUAUGUUUCCUCAUCAUCUGAGUGAAAAAAAAUUCACUGUAGGAGGGCCAAGAGAUCACCAGAUUAAGAACAGUGUUGAAACAAUGGAUCUUGUUCUAACUACACAAGUCUAAGAUGGUACAGACUGGAGUCAACUUUGAUUUUCCACAGCACAAAUAAAGGUCAUGGCUUCAUAUCUCAGCAAUUGUCCGGAGUUUUAGUUUUUCCAGAUUACACUGUGUGGGGUAGUCGGAUUUAGGAAAACAAGACACAGUAUCUGGAGAAUAAAAACAAUUAUAACUCUGCAAGAACAAAAUUCAAGAAUCUGCCUUGAAUUUUUGUAGCACUUAAUGUUUCUUCAAGGUGUUUUCACGUAAACGUUGAUUUUAUCUAUGUAACAGCCCUGUGAAGAAGGCAGUUACUACUAGUAAAAUCGUUUUCAAAAUUUUAAAUACCGAAUCCAUGAAUAGGAAAAAGGACAGCGAAGUUGAUAGCAUUAGAGAAAUGACAGAAAAGAUCGUGAGGAAGCGAUUCAUAGAAAUGGCAAACAUAAAAAGCUGAGGCCCAGGGGUCCGCAAACCACAAGAGAAAGGGGCUAACCUGGCAGGGGAGAACGGCUGGCGUUAGUGGGGGAAGUGCAAAGAGGCAGGAGCGCAGGAAAGCUGGGGUUAGGAAACUGCAAUUCACUGCAAUAAAGAGGAUGAGGUCAAAUUUAAGAAAAAUGAAGUCAGGUGGCAUUGAAAGCUGCGUGGAAGUUUGUGAGUUUUAUUCCUGCCCUGAUGAAGUGUGAUCUUUCACAGAGGAGGAUCCCAAGAGUGGAGGCUGUGCCCUCCUUCGGCCUCCCGUCAGCGGCAGAGGGAGAAAAGACUCGAGAAGUUCCCCAGGCCGAUAACCUCCAUGGGGACAGAGCCGAGAUGAGUCCCGGAGGAAGCCGGCGGGAAGCCAGCAGAGCAGGGUGGUGCGUUCCCGCCGGACUAACAAAGGACGCCGGGAGGUGGGGGCUUCUCGAGUUGCUCCAGCGGUGGGCGGGCGGCGGAAGGGUUAACUGCGCCACCACCUCCCGCGCGCAUCCCGGCUCCUACCCUCGCCGUCGCUAGGAGACGCCGGAAGUGGGGGAGGGGCUGGCGGCGCGGGCGAGGGUGGGAAUCUUUUUCGGGCUCCCGGGGGCGGAGGGAGGGGAGCGCGCGUGCGCGCGCCCGGCCGGCCGUCGCCGCGGUGACCGUCCUCGCAGUCCGUCGGCUCGCGCCCCGCCCCCGUCGCCCCCUCCCCUGUCGCGCGCUGGGGCUGUUUCUCGCUCCUCCGGAGUUACCGCCGCCGUCGCCACCGCUCCUCCUCUCCCGGUCCUGGGUUUCUCUGGCGCUGCGGCCGCCGUUCCCUCUGCGAGCUGUGUGAGGAGGAGGAGGAGGAGGAGGAGGAUGUGAAGAUGGCGGAGUUGCAGAUGCUGCUGGAAGAGGAAAUCCCGGGGGGCCGCCGGGCCCUCUUCGACAGCUACACGAAUCUGGAACGGGUGGCCGAUUACUGCGAGAACAACUACAUCCAGUCAGCAGAUAAGCAGAGAGCCCUAGAAGAAACCAAAGCCUAUACCACCCAAUCCUUAGCAAGUGUUGCCUAUCUGAUAAACACCUUGGCCAACAAUGUCCUGCAGAUGCUGGAUAUCCAGGCAUCCCAGCUACGAAGGAUGGAAUCUUCAAUCAAUCAUAUUUCACAAACAGUUGAUAUUCAUAAAGAGAAAGUUGCAAGAAGAGAAAUUGGUAUUUUGACUACCAAUAAAAACACUUCAAGGACGCAUAAGAUUAUUGCUCCAGCCAACCUUGAACGACCAGUUCGUUAUAUUAGAAAACCUAUUGACUAUACAAUUCUAGAUGAUAUUGGACAUGGAGUAAAGUGGUUGCUUAGAUUUAAGGUGAGUACCCAGAACAUGAAGAUGGGUGGGCUGCCGCGUACCACACCUCCAACUCAGAAGCCCCCUAGUCCCCCUAUGUCAGGGAAAGGGACACUUGGGCGGCACUCCCCCUAUCGCACACUGGAGCCAGUGCGUCCUCCAGUGGUACCAAAUGAUUACGUACCUAGCCCAACCCGUAAUAUGGCUCCCUCGCAGCAGAGCCCUGUGAGGACAGCUUCUGUGAAUCAAAGAAAUCGAACUUACAGCAGCAGUGGGAGUAGUGGAGGGAGCCACCCAAGUAGUCGGAGCAGCAGUCGAGAGAACAGUGGAAGUGGUAGUGUGGGGGUUCCUAUUGCUGUUCCUACUCCAUCUCCUCCCAGUGUCUUUCCAGCCCCUGCUGGCUCUGCUGGCACUCCUCCCCUUCCUGCUACUUCUGCAUCUGCCCCUGCCCCUCUUGUUCCUGCUACUGUCCCUUCCUCCACUGCCCCAGACGCUGCUGCUGGGGGUGCCCAGACCCUUGCUGAUGGCUUCACUUCUCCAACUCCCCCUGUUGUUUCUUCCACUCCCCCUACAGGUCAUCCUGUACAGUUUUACAGCAUGAAUAGGCCUGCCUCUCGCCAUACUCCCCCAACAAUAGGGGGCUCGUUGCCCUAUAGACGCCCUCCUUCCAUCACUUCACAAACAAGCCUUCAGAAUCAGAUGAAUGGAGGACCUUUUUAUAGCCAGAAUCCAGUAUCUCUUGCUCCUCCUCCUCCCUCUCCUGUGGAAGAACCAGUCUUUGAUGAGUUUUUUUUUUUUUUUUUUCCCCCAGAAGAUUACGAAGAGGAGGAAUUUUUUUUUUUUUUUUUUAGUGAUCCUUAUGCUGAAGAGGACCCGCCGUGGGCUCCACGUUCUUACUUGGAAAAGGUUGUGGCAAUUUAUGACUAUACAAAAGACAAGGAAGAUGAGCUGUCCUUUCAGGAAGGAGCCAUUAUUUAUGUCAUCAAGAAGAAUGACGAUGGUUGGUAUGAGGGAGUUAUGAAUGGAGUGACUGGGCUUUUUCCUGGGAAUUAUGUUGAGUCUAUCAUGCAUUAUUCUGAGUAAAGCUCGGCAGGGCUGUGCUUGCCUCACAGAAAUAGUCAGGUCUUCCCAGAUUAUCUGAAGGCCCUGGGGAUUCCACUCCAGUAAAGUAGAAUGAAGGAUACAAAUGAUAAAAAUUACACUUUCUUUUGGUUUAUCCCCCAGUAUUAAAAACAAAAAAAGCAAGCUGAGUCUGAACAAACGGAUCUUUCUGCCAUCAUUUGUACAAUGCUGAGCUGUCUGGAUUGAAAUAAAAUAACCAUUUUUAUAUAUGUCAAAGGUAUAACAAUGUAACUGUGUAGCCAAAACAAAAUCAGAUUAAGACUGAUUCAGAAAAAUCUGGGAUCUUUCUCAGGAAUACUGUAUACCCUUGGGAUUUCUCCUCCUGCAGAAUUUGUGGCAUUGGAUGUUCUUCAUUGCCUGUGCUAAGGGGUUAACCUCAUGGCCCAGUGGGUACCCUAGCUCCUCCUUUUCUUCCACUUGCAUGAAGAGGAGGGAACCAAUAUUUAAAUACCACACUUAACCAUUUUUACAAUUAUUUCAGAUGGCUUUUUCCUCUGUAACACUGUAAAUUCUGCAUUCUCUCAGCACUUGAGUGCACCAGAUGAGUGAAUGCUGAACUCACUUGCAUCCCUUCAUGUUUCUCAGUUUGUGGAUUAUGAGGAUGAUGAAAUGUGAAAGUCUCCCAACACUCUGAGGGUAGUGAAUGAUUGCCACCCGUUUGAUUUUAAUGUGCUGCUGCAUGAGACUGUAUUGUUGCUAAUGGCCAGUGUACCCAGAUGUGAAGUGUGGUAUUCUGGUUCAUGUGUGGAGAUGGGUAUGUGAAGCUAGACAUGAAGGUCCCUAAGGUUCUGAAGAGACUUGAACUGUGGAAAUGCUCUUAGCAGGCAUCCUGAACCCCUGCCUUCGGUGUUGUUUUGAGGAGUAGGAUCUUGGAGUUCAGACCAACUGACUAUCAUUUCUUUCACUAUUUAGAAAAACGCUAUUCUACUUUGGAAGAGAAUAGUAGUUAUUUUCAAGUCUCUUGACAGUCACUGGGAGUAAAAGGUUUGCUAAUGUGCUCUCUGGAUGUUAUUAAUGGCCAGUAUUAGUUGCUGCUGUAUCAUUGACUCGCUUAGCUGUAGAAAAGGUAAUUCUCUCCUGAUUUUGUAUGAUUGGACUCUUAAGUAGCUGCUGUUAGUCAGAAUUCAAACCCAUCUCAGACUAAGAAUAUAAUGAGUAAGAUUAAUAGGCCGAAAUACGUAUCUAAUCACAUUGCUAAAAAUUAAUAUAACUUUGACAGAGUAAAAUACAUUUCCCCCAUCUGUACAAUAAAUACAGCUUCAAAUUCAAUGGAGUCUAUAGGGCACAUGGCUUUAAUCACUACUGUAGUCAGUAUAAGAAAUACUGAAAAAAAUCCAGGAGGGCUUGUCUCUGUAGGUGGUCUCUGUGACGGUGGGCCAGCUCCUGUUCAGGUCCAGAGCUCGUGACAUGGGUUCUACUCAGUCCCAGUGACUUGGCCAGAAUAGAGCUUUGCCAGGUAACUGCCCUGUGCUAGGUGAAAGGGGAAAAGCAAUAGCUGGAUAUAUUUCAAAUGAGGUCUUGAACAAAUUCAGAAAGAGUAACUUGAUUGAAAAAUGAACAAGUGUAGUGUGAGGAAAUUCAGAUAGUGUAGGAGGCAGAAGGUAAUAUUCCACUUAUAAAUGUUAUCUGAGCAUAAAAAAUCAUCAGCCUUUAACUGAGACCCCGCUAAGACUCUCCUUAUCAAGACUUUUUGGUUUUAAAGUUUUUAACGCAUUGCAAGUUAAAAUAGCUAUUUUGCUUUUAGAUUUUUCCCAGCACUUUGUAUUUAUUAGCUUUCAUUAACUUGCCUCCAGUAUACAUUCCACUUCAUGCUUUUCUUAGGUCAUUUCUACAUCCCUUAUUCCUUGUUUUCCUGCAGUGUAAUGGCCCUGAAUGUCCUCUGAGCCCUUAGCUCCAUUUUGGACCCAAACUAGACUAUACUUAGAUAAGUUAAGCUCUUCUUAGUGUACUGGUCUAUAAUUAGAAAAACUGUUUUGAAAUUAGAUGUUCCCAUUAUUUAUUUAAACAGCUUUUUGCUGAGAAAGCUUAGUGGAUUAAUGAGGCAGAGGGUGUUUUGAAAUCCAACAAAUAGUUCCCACAGGCUGGGCGUGGUGGCUCACGCCUGUAAUCCUAGCACUUUGGGAGGCUGAGGCGGGUGGAUCAUGAGGUCAAUAAAUCGAGACCAUCCUAGCCAACAUGGGGAAACUCUGUCUCUACUAAAAAUACAAAAAUUAGCUGGGUGUGGUGGUGCACACCUGUAGUCCCAGGUGGCUGAGGUAGGAGAAUCGCUUGAACCCGGGAGACAGAGGUUGCAGUGAGCCAAGAUUGUGCCACUGCACUCCAGCCUGGUGACAGAGCGAGACUCCAUCCAAAAAAAAAAAAAAAAAAAAGUUCCCACAGCUCACCACUACAGAAGCAGAGAAGACAACUAUGCAAAAAACAGAGUUGGUGGCAGUCAGCAGGAAUGCAGCUGGUCUGUUGGACCCCUGCUGGAUGGGGGGAGUGCAGAAGACACUGACGAAGUCCUUUAUACUGAAGACCUGCGGUUGGGAGCAGGGGGAGUCCAUGGGUCUGCUGAUUUUUUUUUCCCUAUUUAGUACUAAUGUGUGUGUGAUCUUUGUUUUACAAACAAUACCUUUUGGGUUUUCUGCAUAUUUUAAAAUUUUUGUACAGUUUUGAAUUCUAUAGAUUGUCUUGGAAGGAUACUGUGUGAUGGGCCAGGUGCACAGUAAUUGGAGACUUUUGAUGUAUGUAGUAUUUCAUAGAUUGCAUGCUAUUAAUCGUCUGUGAGGGUAGUAGUUUUUGUUUUAUUGUAAGUUUCCCUCUUUUUUUAAUAAAUUAAAAGAUGGUAUUAGGAAUUUCAAAUGAAUGCAGAAAAUCUUACAUGCUGUGUACUAUUAAUAUACAAUCCAAGUCUAAAAUCUGACUAAUAAAGCAACCAUUUUAUCAGGAUAGAGGGAAUCUAAUGGGAGAGGGGAAUCUUCUCUCCUGAAGUUUGUGUGUCCAAUCCCCUUAAAAAAAAAAAAAAAAAAAAAGUUGUCUUUUUGUCAUAUUAAUACUCGAAAGUCCAUGGGGAUAUUAAUGAAAAUACACUUUGUUGCCUUUGACCUUAUGGCCAAGGCAGUAAAUCAGAAACAGAAAUAGUGCCAACGUGUCAAAAUCUGAUUCAGCCUGCCGUUUGGAAUAAAUAUGAAUCUUCUAAGCUAUCUUGUUUAAUAUUUUCCAUCAUUUAGCUACUUCCUUUCAAUCUCCCUCAGAGGCGCCUGCUGUUCCCAUUUUAGAGUUGACAAUGGCCUGCUAAUUUAGCUAUGUUCCUAAAUGUUACUGGGUGUGAGACAUUUUCAUCCCCUUUUUCCUACUGCUGGUGUUCAUUAUCCGGCUAGAGAAUAUUUUAUGCAUCUUUACCAUGAUGUCUGGACUGUAUCUGCGCUCCUUGGCAGUUUAUGUUGAAGAUAAAGAUAACUAAAGAUUUUUCUUUGGGAGGGAGGCAUCAAAAUGAUGGUAGUUUGCUUUUAUCUUAUGUUCAUUUUGUUUUAGUAGGUGACAUUUCUGCAUUAAGAACUGUUUUUAUCUUUUACUACCUUUUCUUUUCUCCUUUGUGGAGAGAGCAUGACAUGUCCUGAAGGUCACCUUUGCCUUUGAAAAAGGUAUUUUUGGAGGAAUUUGCAGGUGACUGACAAGCCUUUGAAAAGAAUGGGAUCUGUUCACUUCUGGUCUUUUUGGCCAGGAACUCCUGAUUGGUGUUAAGGUGACAGUUUCCCCCAUAUGAUCUAGAAUCACUGAAUUUGAGCUAGAUGAGAUUUUUAAAUUUCUGGUUGUCUCAUUAGACUGAUGAGGUGAGUUUUCUUCUUCAUAGGAACAGCUAGUUAAGAAUUCUCACUCAGUGCUCAGUACUGUUUUCCACUGCACCACAACUGUCUUAACUAAAUGUGCUAUAUUUUUCUUUAAAAGUUAAGAGUUCUAUUUGAUGUUUUCAGGAAUAUACUUGAAAAGACAUGCCAUGUUUUGGUAAAUACCAUCAGAAUUGUGUAAAGGCGUGUACUAAGCACAACCUUAAUUCGUGGAAAUACUCUUCAUUUAUCCCUCCUAAAACUACACUCAGUGUAAACACUUUUCCCAUAAGGUGUGUGCAGUAAAAAUGUCAUAUUAAUUCAACACUGGCAGGAGCACGGCACAGCAGCCUUAUUGGAGAGAGCCUUAUAAAAGUGAUUAAAUGGAGGCAUCGAGCUCAUUACCUUUAAGUUUACUUUGUGCUGACCUUUGUUCCUGUUUUAUUGAGAAUCUCGUAAGUCAAAAAAAAAAAAUUACAAAACGACAGGGCCUAGCUGUGUAUAAAUGAUCCUUGCUGAAUAUCAAGGUUUUUUUG